GUGGGUCCUGCUGAGAGCCCUCAAAUCCAGGAGGGGACCCAGGUGGGAGUGGGCAGCCUGGCCCCUCCCUCAGCCUCUGGGCCCCCCCAGCAGCCACCUUCAUCCCAGCCUGCAUCUUCCCUGGGACCGACCACCGCUACUGGCAUCACUGCCACCGCUGUGGCCACCAUCACAGCCACCACCAUCACAGCCACCACCGCCAGCCCAGAGCUGCCCAGGGAUGUGGGGACGGUCACGCCAGAGCCUGGUGCUGCUGUACUGCAGAGGGAUGUGGCAGGGCUGACGUGGGGGCCCCCAACUCAUGUGCCCACUGUGAUGCCCAGGGCCCCCCAGCAGCCCACCGAUCCCGAUGAGACCCUGGGCCAUCGUGGGGGCCCCAGGUCCCCUCCAGCUGUGGAGGACACAGACCUGGCCCAGCCAUCGAGCAGCCCUGUAGGGCGGCCGGACACCAAUGCCCCCCGAUUGAUGCCAGCUGGGGUGGGCAGGGCCCCGCAGGUGUUCAUUAUGGAAGAUCAGCCCCCGCUCCUGAGAGCAUCCCUCUUGCGUGUCCCCUGCGAGCUGGUGCUGGACAUGGGGUUCGUCCCAGCCCUGCAGGACCCCGGGUCCCACGAGCACCAGGAGCUGCUGCACAGCUUCAACCAGACGGUCACCCCCCUCUUCACAUCGGUGCCCGGGUUCCUGCGGCUGGAGGUGACAGGGAUCAGGGAGGGCAGUGUGGUGCUGCACUACGACGCGCUGUUCGCGGGGGAGCAGGUGCCAGUGCUGGGGCUGGACACGCUCCUCGAGGCCACGCUGGGCUCCGGUGGCACCCGGCCAGGGCUGGUGGUGGGAACAGCCCCCAUCCUGCGCCACGAGGCUCUGGUGCGGACACUGGACCCCUGCACUGUGUUCUUUGCCUGCCCGACCGGCUUUGCCUGCGUGUCUGGGGCAGAUGGGAACGUGACCUGCACCUCCCUCUGCCACCGCGACUACUGCAAGAACCAGGGCAUCUGUACCCACCCGCGGGACCGCCAGCCCCUGUGCCAGUGCCCCGUGGGCAGUGAUUUCUGGUUCAUGGGUCUGCGCUGUGACUACCGGGUGACCCAGCAGAGCCUACUGGGUGCAGCAGCCGGGAUCCUGCUCAUCAUCGUCCUCCUGGGCGCCGUCCUUGCCACCCUUGCCAUCCGCCGCUUCAAGGCCCUGCUGCUGGAGGCCAGGGCUGACCAGACCCGCAGCAGCUACCGGCGGUUCUGCCGCCUGGACGAUGUCUCGGCCCAGUACUGGUCUCGCUCGGGGCUGCCCUCGGCCAGCUCCCUGGACAAUCCCGCCUUCAGCAACUCAGAGGAGCUGCUGCACCUCCAGAUCCUGGACAACGGCUUCUGCAGCUGCCAGGAGGACUCCAGUGUCCCCGACGGUGCCAAGUGUGCCCGCCCGCCGUACCGGCCCAGCUUCCAUUACGACUGGGACACCAGUUCUAGCAGCAUGAAUGACCCCAUGGUGGACUCGGGCAAAGCCAGUGAUGUCUCUGUGUCCAGCUGGCCCAUGGAGCCCAUGCAGUGGGCUCCAUUCCCUCUCCUCCACCAGCUUUCCAGGCAGCGACCGCAGAAGGCCCGUCGGCCACACUCGUUCUGCGAGGGGCUGGAGCUGGGCACCCUGGAGCGGAGCUGGACGGCCUGA